GGUAAUACAGGAAGUAAUUUACACGGAUGAUCUUCUUGUUUUGAUAUCUCAAACUGAAGGAUUAAACAGAUCCGUUUCCCUUAAUUUGCUGUUUAGGGUGACGUUUUUUGAACCGAGGGGGCCAAGGUGACAUCACAACAUCCAUCGAGGCUGUAAAGGUGCUUACAGUCUAUGAGUCGCAGCAGGAACCCCCCACCCCGGGGUCAAGGGGCAGCUAGAGCCAAACAGAUGGGGCUUCUGCUUGACCUCACCCCGGACGGCGGGUUGGACGAUUUGGGGAAUGACGAGGACCUGGAGGCAGAGCUUCUCAGUUUGGUUGGAGGGGGUGGAAAAGGAGGGAGACCCCAGGGGAAAAAAGGAGAAGGAAGAUCUCCUGUUCCAAUGUCUGAAAUUGAGCGAAUGGCGGCUCUAUGUAUGAAAGAUCUAGACGACGAAGACAUUGGAGAUGAUGAUUUAGAUGAUGAAGACCUCCUGGCAGAAUUGAAUGAAGUGUUGGAGGAUGAUGAGGGCCAUGCUCCUGCUCAAACACCUGUCGCUUCCACUCCUACUGUUCCUAAAGUCCAUGUGUCUUCUCCUACUGCACAAAGUGGAGGGUCAGGGUUGGAAUCUCGCCUGUUGGAGCGGAUUGACAUGUACCAGAAAGCUAUAUCCAAUGCCAAGGCUGCAGGCGAGACUAGUAAAGUUCGGAGAUAUGACAGAGGGUUAAAGACGUUACAGACCAUGCUGACAUCUGUGAAAAAGGGGAAGCCAAUCAACGAAGAAGAGAUUCCUCCUCCGGUUGCCAUCGGUGCAAAACCAAACGCUCCAGCCGAAUCUGAACCUGUUAAGGAGCGAGAAGCGCCUGCGUUGAUUCCUUCCCCUCCUUCCAAUCAGAAACCACUGCGGGAAUCCGCACCAGAAGCCCCAAAUGUUAAACCCGCGCAACUAGCACUUCCCCACAAACCAGCUGCUGCUGUCACCCCAGAAACACCUGCGAUCUCCCCCCUUACACCCAGCCAACCUCACACCCAGCACUCCGAGCUGAAACAGGCAGUGCUGUCUAGACAGAGGGAAUAUAAGAUGGCUGCUAUAGAAGCAAAGCAGAGUGGUGACAUCAACCUGGCUAAGCAGCACUACCUGGCUGCUAAGAAGCUGGACUCGCUGGUGGAAGCUGUUGACAGAGGGGAACCAGUGGAACUCAGCUCAUUACCUCCCCCUCCUGAUGCAGUGGAACAGCAGAGAGCGUCUGUUCCUCCUCAGUCUUCUUCCAAAGCUGCUGCUCCUGCUGCUCCUGCAGCACCUGCUGCUCCUGCUGCCCCUGCACCCCAACAGAUGACCCAAAACAACCUUCCUGCCCCCACCAGUGUGGCAGAAGCGCUGAAACAGAGGCUGGAAAUCUACAAGCAGGCAGCAGAGGGUGCUAAGAGCAAAGGAGAUGAUCGGAAGGCUCGCAUGCACCAGCGCAUUAUGAAGCAAUACCAGGAUGCCAUCAGAGCUCACAAUGCAGGACGACCCGUCAACCUUUCUGAUCUGCCUAUUCCUCCUGGCUGCCCACCUCUCCAGGGCUCAGAGGGGAGUCAGCAGAACCUGAUAGGUGUCCUAGAAACGGCUAUGAAAAUAGCAAAUCAGGAUGCAGACGCAGAGGAUGACGAUGAGGAUGGACAAAAAGAGGCAGCUAAGCCUGCAGUGCGUCCUUCUGUGCAGAAAGCAAAGUCUCCAGCUCCCCCAGUCCCCGCUGGAUCCUCAGCUCCAAAGCUGGGAGCUAAAGCCCAGCAGCAGGUGGACUUCCUGUUGCUACGGCGACAGGCCUUUAUGCGUGCAGCGCUUCGCUCCAAACAAGUGAAGGACAUGAUUGGAGCAAAGCAGCACCUCAGGAACGCCAAGGGACUGGACAACAUGAUCACAGCUGCAAAGUCUGGCCUACCUGUUGAUAUCACAAAGAUUCCAAGUGCUCCAGUGAGUGAGGAGGAUUAUUCCCUGGGUCGCUCCCGGACCUCUCCUGUCUCCCCUCGCUCCAGUGAAAAGUACCACGACCUCAUGGACCGCUUACGAAAUCAACAUAAGAAAUUUUCAGAUCUCUGUCAGCAGUUCACUCUCAUGGGAAACAUACCUGAGGCUUUGAAGACUGAGAAACUUGUUGAAGAGACCAUGAAGUACAUAGAGAUGCUGAAGAAUGCCCAUGCCAACGGUCAGCCAGUCCCCAAGUGCCACACCCAGGAGAGAACCUUCAACUCUCCAAA